CCUACAUCCCCACUUCUAGCCUCAGAUUCAUUCUCCAACAAAUAAAACUUUAUAGCAAACGGCAGAAUGAAGUUCCUUUCACUAGCCUUUCUCGCAACACCGGCCCUUGCUCAAACCCUCAAAGAAGCCCUUGACGGCCAAUCGCUAGGAAAGCAGUUCGCACAGCAAAUCGACGGUAACCAAAAAGCCCAAGAGGCACUCGUCCCACCGGGCAAGAGCGCAGUGACCCUCUUCCUACCAACAGAUAAUGCCUUAGAUAAACACAGCAGCAAUGCCCCGCCCCCACUACGGAGGUCAAAACGACAACAAACGCCGCUGAGCGAUCGCGAGAUUGCAUACAUGAGUGGUGACGGCAAGGCCGACCUAAUGUCCCUAUCGCAGGAUAAAAUCAUCCCAUCGCAGAGUGUAGACCCAACUACCGGGAAGCAGGAUAUCACCCUUGCCGACGGCACAGGCGAUGGGAAGCAAGCACAAAGGUUGUUGGCGAGAGGCAAUGUAUCUAUUCCAGAUAUAUCGAUGUUUGGAGGAUUGGGUGCAAAGUCGAAGAUCGUUGCUGGAGAUAUCGAGUUCGAUUGUGGUAUUAUCCAUUUUGUUGAUACGAUCCUGGAUGUUCCCCAACGCUGCUCGUCCUCCAUCAAGUCCCUCGGCUACAAGAACUUCCAGGAUGCCCUUGCAGGGGCUGGCCUGUUAGGUUUAAUUGAUAAACCGGACACCACGGUCUUCACCUACGCCGACGACGUAUUCACCCCCAAGGCGGACAAGAGCGAGAAGACGCUCAAGCAACACAUCGUCCCCAAUUUUGUCGCUUACUCGCCCGUGUUGGACGAUGUUAAGACUUUGACCACCGCUGCAAAUACCACCCUUAAGGUACGCUUCGAGUACGGGCAGUACUUUAUCAAUGAUUCGCCGAUUAUAAAGUCAAAUAUUAUUUGCAAUAACGGGGUUGUGCAUACUCUAGGCAAGCUACUUGUCGUUGACAAGAUAGUACCAUACUAUCCUAGCAGUUCCGACGCUGCGAGCGGCCGUGCCAACCAAAUGACCAUCGUGGUGGCACUGUUUUUGGCAGCGUGGAACUAUAUUGUUUAAUUAGUACGGACACCAUCGUCCCUCCAAGAAAAAAAUCUUUUCAUAUCACUUUUCCCUCCCUUUUCCCACAGUCAUUUCCACUGUCAUACUCUCACUGAAUUCGGGUUUCUAUUCUAUGGGGUUCUUUUUUCUUUCUCAAUUGCUUAUUUACUCAUGUUGGAUCAUACGGGUGCGAAAAUGGCUUCAGUAAUGGAUCAAUGAUAAUGCGUUGGAAACGAA